AAAAGCACCAGGUCGGGUAGUUCGAGCAUCGGGAUCACGCAUUUUUGUGAAGGAAAAGUGUUCGUAAACGGAGUGGAAAUUAUCCUUCCAAAUAAAUAACUGAUCCUCCCGCAAGGCAAUGGCAACCCAAACGGCAUCGGCAGCAGCCGGCAGUGGCAGCGGCAAACCAAAGGAGAAAAAAAGUCAAGAGGAAGUCUACGCCGAGUUCCAGCAGCUGCGGAAUCAACAGCGAAAUCUGGUCAAUAAUCUGAACUCGAUCGAGAUGGACCUCAAGGAGCACAAAACCGUCAUCGACACACUGAAAACGGUUGAACCUAGUCGAAAAUGCUUCCGAUUAAUUGGUGGCGUGCUGGUGGAGCAAACAGUAGAGGUCGUCCUGCCACAACUCGAACAAAACAAGAACCAGCUGGAGAAGCUGAUCGAAGAAGGCAAGGAUCAGAUCACCAAGAAGGGGUUAGAGAUUAACCAGUUUAAGGACGAAAACAAUAUCAAAGUGCGCGGUCAGGAACCGUCGCAGCCAACGGCGAGCGAAAAGGAAACGAGUGAUGAUAAAUCUUCCGGCAACCGCAAUGUGCUGGUUGGCAAUCUAUAGAAGGUCGAACACUACUUACACCACCCACUCGCCCCGAUCGAGUUGAGCUUCCGUGCGAUCGGAACUGGCCAGUUCGGAGGGGGGAUUUGUCAAUCUUCUCCUUGCUCGCCGUCCGCUUAUCUUUCUUUUUCGUGCAAAUGAAUUUAUUUUCAUGCCGUUGGAGCUAUCUCGCCGGAGUCAUCUAAUAUCGCGGAAUGAGUCAUCUGUACCGCUUGCCCCAAAAUGUUCGUGGAAAGCGUCUCAUCCAUCCCGAAGGUCACACCGGAUAAUCGAAUUAACGUACGCGCCAAGUGUCGUUGCAAUGUCGACUGCAGUUUUGUGACCCAUAAUUCACGCUCACACACCGAUCCGCACGCGCACAUCUCUUUUCAUCGACAUGGCAAAAGUUCUUCGGCAUUGUUCUUGAUUGUUAAUUUAAAUUCGACUAACGAAUAAGAACCAUUAAAACAAACACGAUGCAA